UGUUUGAGAAACAUUAUAAUUUAUUUGUCCACAGCAUUGUGAUGCCAAUGCCACCCAUGAAGCAUCGUAUCUCAAUUUUCAUGGCUAUAUCUAUAUAGAUCCUCCUUCUUUGUUUGAUUCAAAUUCCAAACACAAAGAUAUAUAUCAUCAUCAUCUCAUAGAUUGAAGAUGGAACGAAGUAAAUUGAUUAUUGUAUCAGAUUUUGUUAUGUCUUUCAUGUGGGUAUGCUCUGGUGUUCUCGUUCGAUUAUUCGUCUUCAAAGUUCUUGCCUUUUCUCAUACCCAUAUCGCUGAGAUUGUCAAAAUUGUUUUUUCCAUAGCCAACAUGUUCCUCUUUGCUUUCCUUGCUAAGGUUUCUCGUGGUGGGGCCUACAAUCCUCUCACUGUUUUGGCUGAUGCUUUCUCUGGAGAUUUUCAUAACUUCAUUUUUUGUGUUGGUUCCAGAAUUCCUGCUCAGGUGGUUGGAUCUAUUGUUGGUGUAAAAUUUCUUAUUGAUACCAUUCCCGAAGUAGGACGGGGACCGCGUUUGAAUGUUGACAUUCAUCGGGGAGCAUUGACAGAAGGAUUACUAACAUAUGCAAUUGUAACCAUUUCACUUGGACUUGCCGCAACAAAAAUCCAUGGAAGUUUCUUCAUGAAGACUUGGAUUUCCAGCCUCUCCAAGUUAACACUUCAUAUACUUGGUUCUGAUCUUACCGGUGGUUGUAUGAACCCCGCAGCUGUAAUGGGAUGGGCUUAUGCUCGAGGCGAUCACAUAACAAAGGAGCACAUUCUUGUAUACUGGCUUGCCCCCAUAGAGGCAACUAUUUUGGCAGUGUGGACAUUUAAAUUGCUCGUACGACCCGUAAAAGAAGAUAAAACAGGCUCAAAAAGUAAAUCAGAUUGAAGAAAUUCCAUUUUGUAAUAAAUGGUUGAUAUCUGGUUUUCAAUGAUUAUUUGUGUAGUGUAGGUGGUGGGAUAAAUGUAUUAGCAAGAAGUGUUGUAAGCUUUACUCGUAGUGAAUUUUCUAUAUGCAGGUGUUUAUGGAAUUGUCAAGAACAUUCACAUGCUUGUAUUAUUCUGCAAGAACGAUGGAAUUGCUUUCUGGAGCUUUUUCAACACUGUUGCUCGCUAGUAUUUGAUAUUUGUGUUCAGAUUCUUCA